AUGGUUGAUAGAAAGAAAUCUAAACAAGCUCCUUCCAAAGGGUUAAGUAAGAGGUUGAAGGAAGAUGGGAUAAGCGAAUUACCUGAUCCGUUGAUAUGUCACAUUCUUUCUCAUCUUCCCAUAAACGAAGCUGUUAAGACAAGUGUUUUGUCCAGCAGAUGGAAGAGUCUUUGGCUUUGGGUUCCUAAAUUGGAACUGGAUGACUACCGUUUCCGAGAUUGGAGUGUCUUGAUGAGUUUUGGUGAUCACAAACACAAUAUAGACGAUGCUGCAGUUAAGUGUAAGAUCCAAUAUAGACGUGUCUCACAUCAUUGCUUGAUGCUGCAGUUAAGUGUAACCUUAGCUGAUGUCACGCUUUUCUCCUUCCCUUGUCUGAAGACUAUGCAGUUAAUAAAAAUAUUGUAUCCCAAUGAGGCCACUCUCGAGACACUUAUCUCAGGCUGUCCUGUCUUGGAGGAAUUGAAAAUUAACACUUAUGGGAAUGGUGCAAAAGUCUUACGGGUGCACUCUCCGUCACUGAAAACGCUCAGUUUAGUACGAGGUGGUUCAUUGCAUUCUGUUUCCGGAAUUGUGAUUGAUGCUCCUUUACUAUGUUGUUUGACAAUCAGUGAUGACAUAUCUAAAAGAUUUAUGGUAAAAAAUAUGGAGUUUAACGCCAAGUUAGAUCUUUCUCUCUUCCUUACGGUUGAUGAGGAUGUUGAUGAAGCGAAGAGAAAUAUCAUCUACAGUUUUCUCACUUGGAUUUCGAGGGUCAAGUAUAUGACUAUACGUGCAACCACUUUGAAGCACAUAUAUCAAUACUCAAAAUUUGGACGGCUACCUCAAUUUGGUUAUAUGACCCGUCUAUGUGUUACUCUCGAUGCAUUCAAUCUGAAAUGGUUUCCAAUCUUUCUUGAGAGCUGCCCGAAUCUGAAAUCUCUCAUUUUGGGAAGGAUCGGUGUUUUCAGUCAGCUGAGUUCCAAGAAGAUGAAACGUGUUAAUUUUUCAUCGGUGCCUCAGUGGUUACUGUCGUCCCUCGAGUUUGUUGACAUCAAAUCCCCAAUCUUCGGACUUGCUAUAGAAGCAAAGCUAGUAAGUUAA